CCUCCCUCUUUUCUUCUCUUUCUGUUUUUCUUUUUAUAUUUAAUUCUUAAUUAUUAUAUUAUAUAGAAACAAACAUGAGUCACGUACAUGGACCUGGUUGUAAUCAUGGUAGCGGCGGUAAUGGUCAAGUACAAACCAUCAAUAUUUCUGAUGCCAAUCUAGCUCCUCCUUUGUAUAAAGGAAUUGCCAACUUUUUACGAGAUGAAAAGAAAUCUGGAAUGAAACAAAAACAAGGUGUAUUCAAUGGCAAGCGUGUGGAUUAUUUUAAAGGAUUCGCCAAGACGUUACCCAAGGAUCAAAAACAACCUACGGAAAGAACAGAUGCCGUGGCGAUUUUGAAUGAAUUAGGACGACUUGGAUUUAUAUUAUGUGUAGAACGAGGAGAUCCUAUCAAUGGCAAGCAUACACCUCGCGUUUUGCGACCUUGUAGCGUGCAGGAAAUGAACGAAUCAGGUUAUUAUCUUUGGGUAUGGGAAGGAUCUCAAUUACGUGUGUAUCUAGGUGCUAUUGGUAUGGUUGGUGCUAUUCUUACAGCCGUCUUGUUUCCUUUAUGGCCAGAUAUCUUGAAACGUGGUGUAUGGUAUCUUAGUGUCGGUACAUUAGGCUUAUUGGGUGUCUUCUUUGGUAUUGCUAUUGUCCGUUUGAUCUUGUUUAUCAUCACCAUGAUUAUCUUACCCCGUGGCUUUUGGCUUUUCCCCAAUUUGUUUGAAGAUGUUGGUGUCAUAGAUAGUUUCAAGCCUUUGUAUGGAUGGGACGAACCAAAGAAAAAGAAGAAUUCAUCAUCAUCAAAAGCAGCUUCAUCAUCAUCAUCAUCGUCAUCGAAAACUGGAUCCACAACAACAACGGUAGAAGAUGUCAAGGAAGAUUGAAGAAUAUCAAGGGAGUUGGAGGUCAGUUUUUUAUAUAUAUCCAUAUAUAUUAUACAACAUAUUAUAGUUUCGGUUUAGUUUAGUUAUCAAAAAAUAAAAUAACUAUUUAUUUAUAACAU